AUGGCAGAUCAUCGGCCCAAUAUCACACUCGGGGACCUAGGAGGCAUAAAGGAAUUCGAUCAGCCUGGCGUGGACGGCACCUCGUACGCCCUCCACUUAAGAGCCGUUAUGUCUAUCGAACAUACAAACUCGGAACACGAACAUACCCCGCUAAUCUCGUCCACCAAACCCAGUCCACUGGUCAAGGGUACGGUCACCUCCACGGACAAGAGGGCCGACCUCGACGACUCGUCACGUGGUCUGCUGAAGGCAUCAUUGAUGAAGGUCCUAUGGCGACUGUUUGGCUGCAGCCUGAUUCUGUUGUUUGGCAUCAAGUUUGUGGCCGAUCUUCUACAGAUGGCAGGGCCUUUAGUUAUGAGACUUAAUAUCUCCAAAUUAAUUAUACUGAAUCAGCGCAUCAGUGACUUCAUGAACUACCUGUACCUGUUGUGGACAGUUCCCGUCCAGAUCAUCCUGUCCAUCAUCCUGCUGUACGUCACGAUAGGACCGUCCGUGUUUGCCGGUCUCGCAGUCCUCCUCAUCAUGAUUCUCUUCAAUGGCUUCCUUUCCAACACACAACGUCAUCUACAGGCCAGGAACCUCAAGGACAAGGACGAGCGGAUCAAACUGCUGAAUGAGAUCCUGAACGGAAUCAAGGUGUUGAAGCUGUACGCAUGGGAGGAGUCGUUCAAGAGCAAGGUGCAGGAGAUCAGAAAGAAAGAGAUAAGCUCACAGCUGAAGAUCGCCUACCUCUCUGUUCUCACUGGGCUCGGCUGGACCGUCGCACCAUUCCUAGUAGUUGCAGCAACGUUUGCUGCAUACAUCCUCGCCGACCCCAACAACCAAUUGGACGCCAACAAGGCCUUUGUCACCCUCUCCCUCUUCAACAUCCUCCGUGUCCCCAUGAAUCUUCUGUCGGCCAUCAUGUCGUAUACUGUUCAGGCCUACGUGUCGGUCAAGAGAGUGAACUCGUUUAUAUGCAGUGAAGAUCUUGACACAAGCAACGUCACAUACGAUAAAGACGCCGAGUAUGCAGUACAGGUUGAGAAGGGGAUCUUCACCUGGGACAGGUCUCAGUCCCCAAACUUGAAGGGCAUCAAUCUGAGGGUGCCGGAAGGAAAACUUGUCGCCAUUGUUGGUCAUGUUGGUAGUGGGAAGUCGUCAUUUUUAUCCGCCAUCUUGGGUGAGAUGGAGAAGCUGUCUGGCACCGUAACAGUCAAGUCAUCAACGGCCUACGUACCACAGCAAGCAUGGGUACAAAACGCCUCACUCAAAGACAACAUACUCUUUGGCAAAAUAUUCCGUGAAACAAAGUAUCAAACAGUGAUCGACGCAUGCGCCCUGAAGCCGGAUCUUGCUAUCUUAGCUGCCGGGGAUGAGACUGAAAUUGGAGAAAAGGGUAUCAACUUGAGCGGAGGUCAGAAGCAGCGCGUGAGUGUUGCACGUGCGGUUUACAACAACGCGGAUAUCUAUCUGUUUGAUGACCCUCUGAGCGCCGUGGACAGCCACGUUGGAAAGCACAUCUUCAAGAAUGUCAUCGGCCCCAAUGGCUUACUCCAUGGAAAGACCCGGAUCCUGGUGACACACGGCGUCCAUUGGCUCCCCAUGGUGGACCACAUCAUUGUCAUGAAUGAUGGCUGCAUCACUGAGACCGGAAGUUACGAUGAGCUAAUGUCCCACGACGGCCAUUUUGCCCAGUUCCUCAAGACCUACCUCAUAGAACAGGAAGAGGAUGAGAGUGAAGAUCCGGAAAUUCAAAUGAUCAAGGAGAAAAUGCUUGAAAUGGUAGAAUCGAUGGAGGAGGGCUCAUCAAGGCGAAGAAAGAGGCGAACAAGCCAGGGACUGAGUGGGUCAGGGAGGAGAAGAUCGACCAUUGAGAAGAAAGAGACCAACACCAUGAAGGCAUUACAAGGACGACUGACACAGACAGAAACCAUGGAGACAGGAAAAGUCCGGUGGAAUGUGUUUCUGAUGUACGGAAAAGCUGCAGGGCUACCGACCAUCACGCUUUCACUCUUCCUCUUCUUCGCCUUCCAAGCCGUUAAUGCUGGGGCGGGUUUCUACCUCACCAACUGGACGGAAGAUCCACAGCUCGGCAAUUCAUCGUCCCUCCCACCGGAAGAGUAUGCGGCACUGAAUAAGAAGUAUCUUGGAACAUACUGGUCCUUCGCCUUAGCUAUAGUCGACAUCAUGGCAGUCUGUGGCUAUCUGUUCUGGACGAGAUUAGUCAGAGCCGCCGCUCGACUCCAUGACGCAAUCCUUAGCCGCGUCUUCAGAUCACCUAUGUCGUUCUUCGACACCACGCCCCUCGGACGUAUCAUCAACCGGAUGUCACGUGACGUUGAGACAAUCGACAACACGCUGCCAAUCAUCGUGAGGAUGUUCAUGUCGACAAUGACAAACGUGGUGGGCACCAUUGUCAUCAUUAGUAUAAAUACACCUCUCUUCAUAGCCGCGAUGAUUCCACUGCUACUCCUCUACUACUUCAUACAGAAUUUCUACAUUCCGACUUCCUGCCAACUGAAGCGUAUCGAGUCCGUGACACGCUCCCCAAUCUACAUCCACUUCAGUGAGACCAUCACCGGUGCAGGCAGCAUCCGCGCCUACGGUGCCAUGGACCGAUUCAUAGAGGAGUCCAAGAAGAGAGUGGACAAAAAUCAGGUCUUCUUCUUCGGAGGCCUCGUCUCGAACAGAUGGCUCUCAUAUUACCUGGACAUGAUCGGAACUAUCAUCAUCUUUGCCUCCGCCAUCUUUGCUGUGUUGUCUUCAGAUGCCAGUGGCAGUCAGCUAGGACUAUCGGUGUCAUACGCACUACAGGCGUCCGAUACUAUGGGCUGGAUGGUCAGGCAGAUCAGCGACCUCCAAACCAAUAUUGUCUCCGUUGAGAGGGUGAAGCAGUACUCCGAGCUACAAACAGAGGCGGACGCGGUCCUCCCAGACUCUCGACCCCCGACAGACUGGCCCCAGAAUGGUACCGUGCACCUGAACAACUACAGGACGCGGUACAGGGACGGCCUUGACCUUGUCCUCAAGGGGAUCACGUGUACUAUCAACGGAGGGCAGAAGGUGGGAAUUGUGGGUAGAACUGGUGCCGGCAAGUCGUCCUUCACCUUGGCUCUGUUUAGGAUCCUUGAAGCCGCUGGAGGCUCCAUUGUGAUAGACGGAAUCAACAUUGCUGAGAUCGGGUUGUAUGACGUCAGAUCCCGACUGACGAUUCUUCCCCAGGAUCCUGUGCUGUUUUCCGGCACCAUGAGGAUGAACCUGGACCCCUUCAACGAGUUCAGUGACGCCGACAUAUGGCGGGCACUGGACAGGGCACAUCUCAAGAGGUUCGUGGUGGAUGUGCCCGGCCAGCUGAUGUACGAGUGUGGAGAAGGAGGGGAGAAUCUCAGCGUUGGACAAAGACAGCUGAUGUGUCUUGCUCGUGCUCUAUUGCGCCACACAAAAGUCCUGGUGCUUGAUGAAGCCACGGCAGCUGUUGACAUGGAAACCGAUUCCUUGAUUCAGAAGACAAUUAGGGAAGCCUUUACCGAUUGUACCAUCAUCACAAUAGCUCACAGGUUAAACACGGUCAUGGAUUAUGACAGAAUCAUCGUAAUGGACGCAGGGAUGAUAAAGGAGUAUGACACGCCCGAAACGCUUCUCAGCAACUCAAACAGUAUAUUUUACGGACUGGCCAGAAAUGCCGGCCUGAUAUGACAUAGUUUCGGGUUCUGUUCAAGUAUGAGCCAGUCACAUGAGAAUACAAGCAAGUGCUUGUGCGAAGAUUAAAGAAAAGGUUAUUCUAUACUGCAAUAUACAGUCAGCUCUCGUUAACCCGACACUCAUUAAUCCGACAAUCGCGUUGAUCCGACAAACAAAUUAGGGAA